AUGUUGGUGCGUGUGACUGUUCGCCGAACGAUGCAUAGUUACCUGCACGUUUGUGCAGCACGUCGAACGAUUCAAUCCGAAGACCCCUGGGCAGUGGGGGGGAGCUGGGGGGGGGGGGCGGGGGGCAUUAGGGAGCGAUUGAGUACGUGGGGGGGGGGGGGGGGGGGGGACGUGUCUGAGGUUAAAAAACUAAACCGCACAAAAGCCACCCCGAGCCACACACCGCUGAACCGCUUGAGGGGGGGGGGGGGGGGGGGGGGGGGGGGGGGGGGGGGGGGGGGGGUCCCCAACGGUGUUAUGUCAGACCCCUUUAGUUCGGAGCCUUUUUACUAA